CCCAGGGGGCCUCCUCCAAACUCGGCUCCGGCGCCUCAGGGGCCUAGCAAGGCCUGGCUGGCGGAGGGGCGGAGGAGGAGGAGGAGGAGGGGGUUUGUCCCCUGCGCCGGAGAGGCCGGCCCUGGGCCCGGGACCAUGUUCACCAGCACGGGCUCCAGCGGCCUCUAUAAAGCACCUUUGUCAAAGGGCCUUUUAAUAGUCCCAAGCACCCUCUCACUUUUGUUGGCUCUACUCUUCCAACACUAUCAGAAGUUCUUUACAUACAAUCUGCAAGCAGUAAAAGAGGAAUUUCAGAUUUGGAGGCUUAUAUGUGGCCGAACAGUAUGUCUUGAUCUCAAAGACACGUUCUGCAGCAGUUUGCUCAUCUACAACUUUAGGAUAUUUGAAAGGCGAUACGGCAGUAGGAAAUUUUCAUCAUUUUUGCUGGGCUCUUGGAUGCUGUCUGUGUUGUUUGAUCUACUCCUGGUAGAAGCUGUUGAAUAUUCUUUUGACCUCACCAUCAGUAGCUUGCCUUCAGGAUUCUUGGGUCCUGUAUUUGCUCUUUUUGUACCAUUUUAUUGCUCCAUUCCAAGAGUACAAGUGACACAUAUUCUGGGCCAAUUUUCCAUCACGAACAAGACACUGGUGUAUAUAUUGGGUUUGCAGCUUUUAACUUCUGGAACUUACAUCUGGAUUGUAGCUUUAAGUGGGCUGAUUUCUGGAAUGUGCUACAGCAACAGUGUUCUAAAAGUGUACCAGAUACUUUGUGUACCCAGUGGUGUGGCAAAAAUAUUUUCUUGGACUCUUGAACCAAUUUUCUCAUCUACGGAGCCAUCCAGUGAAACCAGAGUUGGAAUGGGAGCAACUGUAGACAUACAGAGGCAACAGAGAAUGGAAUUACUGGAUCAACAAAUCUUGAUGUCACAGUUUGCCCAGAUGAGGCGGCAAAGACAGCAGCAGGGUGGAAUGAUUAACUGGAAUCGUCUCUUCCCCCCUUUACGUCAUCGGCGUAAUGCAAACUAUCAGGAUAAUCGCCAGCCUGAACAUGAAGUAUUGCCUCCAACUGAAAUUUCUGAAGAACAGGUUGCACGGCUCAUGGAAAUGGGAUUCUCCCGGGUGGAUGCUUUGGAAGCUUUGAGGGCUUCAAAUAAUGACAUUAAUUUAGCCACCAACUUUUUACUUCAGCACUGAUCAACAUUGCAAUGAAAAACUUAAAUUGAAACAUUUGGUGUGCUGUCCAAAGGAGGACCUUAACCGCUAGCUGAAUAGACUCUGGAAUAUCUGAAUCAAGAAGAGGAAGCUGUCUCUUUACUUGACAUAUCAGAGCUGAAAGGGAUGACACUGGAAGCUUUAUGGCUAUGUUGUUCUUAAAAAUUACUUUCAAACAUUUAAAAUAUAUUAUAACUUCAGUAUUUAUUUGAAAAAUUGGGCAAGUGUCCCCCACUCCACCGCUAAGCAAGAAGAAAUGGAAAAACCUGUUUAAAAAUGAGAAGAAUUCCUUUUGCAAAAAGCAGUCUUUUUCUUCUUAUAGCAUACUCUUUUUCUAAUCUUAAUUAUUUUUUAAUACUCUGUUUAAUUCACCACCUUUGUUAGAGCUUUAAGACAUCUGCAUAAUUCCUGGGCCAAGUGAUUUCAGUAAAGAGAGAACUGUGAUGUAACAGGAGGAGGACCUCUACCAAUAAAAAAUGAAAGAGGAUUCAUUAGUAGUGUAGACUGAAUAAUAGGGAAAAUGUUGUUGGCUGUUGGGCUAUUUGUAUGUUCCCAUAAGGGUUUCUUAAGUUAACAAACCAAAAAGUGAUAUUAGGACUCCAAACUUUCUGCAGUCCACCUGUUCUGUCUGGAUGGGGCAUGAGCAAAAGGAAUUCUGGCCAUGCUCAGAGUCGUUACUUGGUUUUCCAUGGCAGAGCUUUAGCAUUCAAAACAGAUCCUCAGAGUAUUUGGUGAACAAUGGUUUACAUCAAGCCCAAUACAUGUGCAUACUCUCUCUCCAUGGCAUUGAAUCCUGAAUACUUGAAGUUUUCAUUGUCAGCUGUAUAAAGGAAAACAAAACUGCACACAAAUUUUGUGUUGGUACUAGAUGCAAGAUUGGAACCCUAUUUUUUUUUCCAUUCUGAAAUUGCUCCACUCACUCAUUCCUUUUUGAGGGAAAUCUUUUUACCCAUUUUGUGUACACCUGAUUAGAAAACAUGUUCAUGAGUAAACCUUUCUCUAUCCCAAUCACAGUUAUAGUCAAAACUAGCAUAACAGUAUAAAAAUCAUUAACAGCAAAGAACAUCUAUGUAUCCACUUUCCAAAAACACCUUUGUGCUAUGCAAUAAUAUAUGUUUUUCAGAUACUGUGGUUUAUUGGCACUGUAUAUUGUUCAGAUGUUAUCUGGGUGACCUUUUCAUACUCGGUGCCUACUGCAUGCAUUCUCCUAUCGGCAUGACAUAUCUGACUUCAGGAUCACACUUUAGCAUGUGCUUUUGAUGAGAAAGAUUGUGACAGCUGUAAGACUGGGUAAAGUGAAAAAAGUAAAAUUUUAUGAAAAAAACUAUCACAGAUUCAGAACACUUGUAAUGGCAGUUUUGGUGUGGUUCCACUAACAGUUCUCUGUUUUUGAGGAGCUCUAUUGAGAAACCUCUAUAGUUAGACUACAGUUUUGGUAGGUGCCUGCACCCAGGCACCAAAAUCACGUUGAUACAAUAAUAACCAAGGAACCCAUGUUGGGGAAGAGGAGUUGUCACACUUUACUAGGUCCUGGUGGUUUAGGGGAGCAGGCUACAAUCAUCAUUAUUCAGGUGGAGACAGGAAACUGAAAAUAAAUGGUAGAAUGUCUUGCUUAAGGUUAUGUACAGUUGGCCCUCUGUAUCUGUGGAUUCAACCAUUUCAACCAGCUUCAAAAUAUCAAAAACAAAUAAAAAUUCCAAAAAGCAAUCCUUGACAUUGCAUUUUACAUAAGGGACACAAUUUUACUGUGCUGUCACUGUAGUUAAUGGGACUUGAGCAUCCACAGAUUUUGGUAUCCAUGGGGGCCAUGCCACCAAAUCCCAGCAGAUACCAAGGGCCUACUGUAUAUAAAAUUAUUUCCUUGUAUCAGUUGUCCAAUGCAGUGUUAAAGAGCAGUCCCAAGCAGCAGUCUGAACUGCUUAACCACCUGGUCCAACCUCAGCUGAAAGGCCUUCUCUAGAAAAAGAUGUCCUUACACAGUUCACCUAAACUGAGAUGAGAAGACCCAGAGACUUAUUUUUCUUCACUUUACAUAGUCUAUGAUAUCAAGAACCACAACUCCCAAAGGUUCUUAUACAUAGGCAGAAAAUGCCUGGUAAAAGGACAAAGGACACUACUAUAAAACAGUGGUAGCAGGUUAUAUUCUUCUCUUUCCUAAAAUAUAUGAGAUAAGAGCCUAAGAAAGUGGGAAAAGCUUAUAAAUGUCAAUUUCACAAGUAUCCCACUGAUCUUUCUGAUAAUUUUUCCUUGUGAAAUGUUCCUUCCAAGGUACUGUGGUAAAAGAUUAUGAACUACCCCCCCACACACACACACACACACACUGUGUACUCUACAGAUUUUUUGAACAGUGCCUGUGACCUAAGCAGAAGGUAAAAGAUAUUUUAGCAAGCUAGCUCAAACAAAAAAAUGCAGGUGUUCUACAAUGGAAAUGAACAGGUAAGCCGUAAAUUUGCAUGUAAAUUUGUAAGAGAAAUUGACUGUGGAACUGAUUCAUGGUUUUAAUAUUAAUUGGCCUAAUGUUUGUUACUGCAUUGAUUUAUUAUAACAAAACAAAAACAAAAAAGACAUUGACGGCAUAACUGCAUUAUUAAUGACCUAAAAGUUGCAAAAUAGUAGCAAAUGUAUAGGAUUCUCAGGCUGGGUGUUAUUGUCAAACAACCAAAAUAUCAAUAUUAAAUAUCAAAACAACAUGUAACAGCAGAAUUAAA